AUUCAAACCGACAGAGUCGUUAUUGCGAGGUGAACGUUGUUUGAGAAACGGUGGAAGUAACUGUAUCGGAAAACUAAUUUUAAUCGUUACAUUAAAUCCUCCUUUAACUGGAUUUAUAAUGGCGUUAAUAAAUCGGACUGCAUUGACGAAUACUAUAAAUCAGGAGAAUGUAAAGAACCUGAAGUCUAUAACUACUGCAAUACCAUUAAAGACAAAAAGAGCUGCUUUAGGCGAAAUAGGCAAUAAAGUAAACACGCUGAGAGGCGUAGAGCCUAUCGAUAGAACAAGCUUAUUGCCGAUAGAAAAGAAAAAUAUAACAGUACCAAAACAGGUUAUCAAACCGACGGUAAAAGUAUCGGAAAAAACGCUUGUGAAGAUAGCGAAACCUGUAGUAAAAGUUCAAGUUUCUCAAGAAAAUAAUGUGGCGCCAAUCCCUCCGAAAAAGGAAGUACAAUCAUUCUCCUCUGAUCUUUUGGAAGUCGAGGACAUCGAUGAAGAAGACAAAGGAAAUCCUAGUCUAGUUUCUAUUUAUAUUAAUGACAUAUAUGAGUACCUAAGAAAUUUAGAGAGUAAGUUUCCAAUUACGCAAGGAUAUUUAAAUGGUCUGGAAAUUACACCGAAAAUGAGAAGCAUACUCAUAGAUUGGCUAAUCGAAGUUCAUCAGCAAUUUCAUUUAAUGCAAGAAACAUUAUAUCUUACCGUUGCUAUUAUUGAUAGGUUUUUACAGGCUUUUCACUCGAUAAAUAGGAAAAGGUUACAAUUAGUCGGCGUAACAGCUAUGUUUAUUGCUAGCAAGUACGAAGAAAUGUAUGCCCCGGAUAUAAAGGAUUUUGUAUAUAUCACAGAUAAUGCAUAUUCAAAGUUAGAAAUAUUACAAAUGGAGAUGCUUAUCGUGAGAACGUUGGAUUAUUCUUUUGGCCGACCGUUGCCUUUACAUUUCCUUAGAAGAUACAGCAAAGCUGGAAAGGCUCUUCCAAUACAUCAUACAAUGGCAAAAUAUUUCCUAGAACAAAGUUUGGUAUAUUAUGAAAUGUGUCAUUAUCCACCAAGUCUUAUUGCAGCUGCGGCGAUAUACUUGGCAUUCGCAAUUAUCGGUACUGAUGACGAGGGCGAAAAUGUUUGGACACGUACUUUGGCGUAUUAUAGUACUUAUGUUAAGGAUGACGUGUUACCCGUGGUACGGAAGAUAGCAAUUAUUAUCAUAAACGCAGAUGAAAGUAGAUAUCAAGCUGUAAGGAAAAAAUACGCCCACUCGAAACAUAUGAAGAUCAGUAGUCGUCCCGAACUUAGAUCGUCAGCUAUAAAUGCCAUAGCUACCGCGAAUAAGGAAGGAGUAUAAUAUUCGUUUUAAAUGAAGGAUAAACCAUUAAGAGGG